AUGGCUCCUACUGAGAGCUUGACGGCCGAAUCAGGUCACUCUGAGCCUACCACCGCGAAUGUCCGAGACGAAGAGUUCUGGUUCGACGACGGGUCCAUCAUCCUCCUCGUCCAGAACGUCGAGUUUCGCAUCUACAAGGGUCUUCUCACAGAACACUCCUCCGCCUUCGUCGACCUCUUUUCUCUCCCCCAACCGCCGACACAGUCAAGCUGUCCAGUGGUGCGCACACAAAACCAGUACCCGCCGAUGCUCUCCUUCGAGCAGGUGGCCGCGUACGUCCGCCUGUCCCACAAGUACGACAUGCCCGUCCUCUACCGCGCCUCCAUCGCCCACCUCAAGCGCCACUUCACUGACGACCUCCGCGUCUGGCCCACGCUGCUCCCGACGGCGCUGUGGAUGUGCUGCCGGCUCGGGCCGGAGCUGCUGUCCGGGUUCGCGUACUCGGACGGCGAGGUGGAGACGCUGGCAGCGGCGGACGUCGCGCUGUGCUGGGCGGCGCGGCCGCGGCUGGUGCAGGCGACGCUGCAGACGUUCCUGUCGAUCUACCCGGCGCCGAGCGCGGAGACGUGCAGCGCGGGGGCGCUGCGCGGGGACGACAGCGGGUGCCGGCGGUUCGCGACGAGCUUCGUGCACAAGAUGAGGCACAAGCCGGGGAUUUUCGUCGCGCCGGACCCGCUGAUCGGGUACAUCAACAUGGACGGGCCGAGCGGGAAGAAGUUGUGCGAGGGGUGCCGGGAGGGGGUGGUGCAGUGGAGCGAGAAGGUGUACUUUGAGGCGUGGAAGUCGUUGCCGGAGCUGGUCGGGGUGGAGGUGCCGGGGUGGACGGAGGCGGCGAGUCCGAACCAGACCUUCUCGUCUAAGACUCAUCAUUUCGCAUCGAUGCGAUCGAAGAAGAAAGACAAGCGAUCCAAGAUCCAAGACAUCGAGAAGUUCUACUUUGAUGACGGCACGAUCAUCCUGUUCAUACAAGGAGUCCACUUCCGGGUACAUAUGGGAAUACUUGCCAUGCAUUCACCCGUCUUCACGGACAUGGCCACUCUUGGUUCUGUGUCUCAUCAAGUCGACGCAACCGGAGGAAACCUCGACCCAUGUCCCAUCGUUGAGUUGCAAGACUCCGUCUACGACUGGCGUCAUGCUCUGCGUGUCAUCUAUAACAUCAAACCAUUGAAGAGCAUCGGGGACAAAACCUACCGUCCCACUUUCGACGAAGUCUCCGCUUACAUCCGUCUUGGCCACAAGUAUCAAAUGGACGCCUUUUACAAACCCGCCAUGGUAUAUUUGGAGCGCUUUUUCUCUCCCACCAUCGACCGCUGGAACAAGUGGAGCUCCCGGGACGACCCGUACACGCUCCCCGGAUGCGCUCCCGAGUGCGCCAUCGGGAUCGUCAACCUUGCUCGGCUGACCGGGAAGACGUCGCUUCUACCGCUCGCCCUACUCUCGUGUUGUCAGCUCGGGGGGAGGCUGUUGGAGUGCCUCGCUCGCCCAGACGGAACGCACGAGACGCUGUCUCCUGAGGACCUGAAGCGCUGCUUGAGCGCUAUCAACCAUUUGACCUCCGACGGGAUUUAUGCGAUGCAACUCCUGAUUGGAACUCGACCUGAAGAGUCAUGCCCGAACACACAGUUGGAUUACGGGGAUGGGACUUGCACGGGGGGGAUCCGUGAACUGCUUGCAGACUUUCAAGACGAUUCCAGUCAGGGCGUGCCUAUUCAACCCACCCCGUUCGUUCAGCCCGACAUGUACAUGCUCUGCGAGGAGUGUCGCGGCCAGAUCCAGGACAAGUGCAACGAGAUCAACCAAGACACGCUGUCCCGACUGGCGUCGUUCUUCGAUCUCUAG